GAGAAAUAAUCAAAACCGUCUGGGCAUAUGCAGUGUCGUGCGCAGUACGCAAAGUUAGAACAUUUGACAGGGACCAAGUACUGUGACGCCGGUGUCUGUAGUGCUUUAUCUUGGAGGAUAUUAUUUAAGAAAUCAUUUUCGAGCCCGUGUUAUGGAGAAUAAAAGCAGCCUGCUGUCGUCCAGAGGUGCCCGUAUUGCUGGGUAUGAAGGUAUCCUGGGUAAAGGGUUUGGCAUGUACGUGAAAGAUCCCUACGAGCAGGACACAAAUCCCCAGGGAAUCUUAAACUUGGGAACCAGUGAAAACAAGCUAUGCUAUGAUAUUAUACAUGGAAGACUGACAAGACCUGGUAUGAACUCUCUGGAGCCUCACCUGCUGCAGUACUCUAAUGUACAGGGCCUAGAAAGUUUCAGAAAAGAAAUUGCCAAAUUUCUCACAGAAUAUGCCAGAGCCCAAAAUCCAUUGGACCCAGAGCACGUUGUGGUCAUGAAUGGAUGCUGCUCCGUCCUUGCUUCACUCACUGCUGUUUUGUGUGAUUCGGAAGAUGGUUACUUAAUCCCAACGCCGUAUUACGGGAGUGUGUAUCCAGAUUCAUGGCUCUAUGGAAAAGUAAGACCAGUGCAUGUACAGCUGGACAGCAAGAUGUCUGAUGGGGAAAGCCAUCCUUUUAUGUUGACAGUUAAAAAACUAGAAGAUGCCAUGACAGAGGCCACAAAGCAGGGCAUCAGAGUCAGAGCUUUAAUCCUGAUCAACCCUCAUAAUCCAUUAGGGGACAUUUACCCUGCACACUUACUGAAAGAAUGUCUAGACUUUGCAUACAGAUAUGGACUGCAUGUAAUCAUUGAUGAAAUUUACAUGCUCUCCGUGUAUGACGGCACCUUUGCCAGUGUUCACAGUUUAGACAGAUUGCCUGACCCAGAAAGAACACACAUUAUAUGGGGAUUUAGUAAAGAUUUUGCCAUGUGUGGAGUUCGAGUCGGAACUGUGUACACCCGGAGCCAGGAAGUUCGAAAAGCACUUAAUCAGCUGGCCUGUUUCCAUGGUUGCGCUGGCCCAGUGCAGCAGGUUCUUAGUCAUCUGAUCUGGGACCAAGAGUGGAUAAACAAUACAUUUCUGCCCGCUAACAGACGACGACUCCUGAAGUCACGGAGCAUUCUUGUUAAUGGACUUCAAAAACUCAACAUCCCUGUGCUUAAAAGUUCUGCUGGGCUUUUUGUGUGGGCUGAUUUCAGAAAGUUCUUAAAGACACAGACAUUCGAAGCAGAAAUAGACCUGUGGUGGAAGCUGAUCCAUGAAAAGGUUUACAUCAGUCCAGGACAAGCUUUUUACUGCAGUGAACCAGGGUGGUUUAGACUGGUAUUUUCAGAUACUGUCAACAAGAUCCAGUUGGGUAUUGAAAGAUUGCAGCAAGCUUUGGGGUUGCUGGCUGCUUGUGACGGUGAGAACAUUCCAACGCUCGGCUCUGGAGAGGAAUCCACGUCAGAGCCAGAAAAUAUAGAUUCAGAAUCUGACACUUCAGAGGAUUUCAAAGAUAUAGCAGAUGCCACACAGCUGAAGAAAAUAGUUGUCUGCUAAGUAAAUGUACCAUGAAUAUGUUUUGGUAUGUUUGCAUUUAUACUUGUACUGUUAUGUUAAAAGCAUGUACAUUUACUAGAUUAAUUUUACAAAACCAGGUUUACCAAAUGCAAAAUGUUGUAUGUUGUAUGUCUCAUCUCAACUUUCCUUUUUUGGUGUUUAGUGUAUGUUUUUUUUGUUUACUUAAUAAAGUUGACUUCAUAAGAA